AUGGGUCGCCUCUCUCGAUCCAACACCGUGGGACACGGCUUCGGUAUCCUCGAGGACCCCUCUGGUCCCGGCCAUCGUGCUUCAUCCGACGCAAACGGCGCUCACAUCUCCAACGACGUUGCUGCACUUGAAGAUUGUGACACUCAUAGUCACCAAAAAACGCCAGAAUUCAUCGACGCUUUAACCGACAAACUCAAGGAACUACAUAUUUACAGUCCUAAAAAGAACCGUGCCGACAGAUCACUGCUACAACCUGCACGACGACGCCGCUUGACUCGAUCCUCUAUUGACACCAAGAUCUUCCCAACCCUUCAACACAUUAGGGAGGAAGUUGCAAUCUGUGACGGAAACUCGACUGUGACUAGCCCUACGCAAGGACCAGUCCUUGCCAACUUGCCUCAAGACACCAAACAAGACGAGGGUAUCCCACCAUCAACUGAAACACGUGCUGCCGUACCUACUCCCCCUCGCCAGACGUCGGACUCAUUCGAAGCCAACGGGUCCAAGUUCUUCUCUGAAGUCCUACACGCAAUUGGCCUCGAACAGCAACAUCUAGAUCCUGAUUUUGACAUACAGAAGUCCAUCGCACGGCACAGGGCAGGUCAGUAUGACUGCGUACUUUCGAUUCCGAACCCAGGCGGCCCGGCUAGGCGCAACAAUGCGCCCAGCAAACGAGCAGACACCACGCUCGACUACGGCUGCAACGUCUUAGUCCACGCCGACCGCACUGAGGAAAGUUUUUGCAGCCAGCGCAAACCGGCUAACGCCUUCAAACUUCUAGCAACACCUCUGAUAUUUGACGAAGCAUCUCGGAGUGCGUCAUAUUCAUCUUCAAAAAGCGACGACAACAUGGCUGUUGCAGAACCACUUGUUCGGCUUGCCUCUCCAGCGCCUGCUGGAUACGAAAACACCAUGACGAAGUCUGCCAUCAAUGUAUCCGUCGUUGAACAGACUCACUCCAAGGAGUCGUCUUUAGACUACGUAGACCAUCCAAAGGACAGAGUCGUUUCCUUCUCGUCUACGGACGAGAGCAGUGUCCCGACGGAAGAUGUUCCCCGCACUCCAUCGAGGUCGACCUCGACUAGCUCGCGAUCUCGAAUUGAGGACUCAGUAGAAGCCAUCGAUAAACUCGAGGAGGAAUUGGAGGCUAUCAACACGCGCUUGGCGACACCAAGCAAGUCGCGACGGAUUCAAUCUCUGACGGACGAAUCUACUACGACAGCUUCCACAAACGAAUCAGUCACCAAGCGAUCUGCCUCAACAUUGAAGCGCACUCAAUCUGUCGGCGCUGCUGCCAACGCGUCGUCCCAGGUACGCGCAAACCAGAGAAAGUCGGUCAACUUUGACAACGACACCCAAAAAGGAUCGCCUAUGCAGGCACCUGCGAGAAGGCAUGUGGCUCGUCCAACCAGCCUUCUGCCGCCCAAGCCGCCUGCUAAGUCCACAAGGGCUCCUACAAAGCCCUCGUUUGAGCUGCCAGGCGAGGCUACCGCUCGCGAUAUCAAGGCGAGGCGCGACGCUCGCCUGGCUCAACAGGCCCAGGAGAAGGCCGCUGCGGCAGUGCCCCAGCGAACCAGAUCUCUCAAAGCGCCGACGAAGCCCAAUUUUGAGCUACCCGGCGAGAAAAUCUCAAGGCGCAAGAGGGAGGAACGAGAAGCCCGUCUCAAACAACAAGAAGAGGAUGAGCGGAAGCGUCGCGAGUUCAAGGCGAGUCCUAUCAAGGCGAGGCUUGGGAUCGCUGCGCAACCUCGAGAAACCGUGGCUAGUCGAGCUCGCCAGAACAAGGGAUCUGAGGCCAACGACAUGGAAAGCCCGUCGAAGCGCUCGUCGAUUAUGGGCACUCCUCGUACACUUGCGAGAUCAGGUUCGACAAGGUCACCGCAGAUUCGCGGCAGAGGUAUCUCACAAGCCGGUACAGAGACUCAGUGUCGCGCUACGUCUACAUCUACCGGCAGUAUGAGCGGCAAGCGAAGUGCGCUGUCUGUUGAGGAAAUGGAGCAGCAAAAGGUCAAGGGUCGUGAGGUCUUCCACCGUGACAACUCUUAUACCGAAGACAAGGAGCGGGAGCGCCGCGAACGUGAGUGGAAUGCGAAGAUGGCCCGUGAGCAAGCCGCGGAACGCUCUAGGCAAGCGAGCCGAGAGUGGCGUGAAAAGCAACAACGCAGCAAGCUCGCUAUUCAGGCUGCCGCGGCAGGCCAGGCGGCAUGA